AUUUUGAAAUAAUUCAACAUAUGCAAAAUAAAAAAGUUUUGGUGACUUAACUGACCGCGACAUAAGUACCUGCCGUUCAUGGGCCCGUGCGAUAUUAAUAUCAAUCAAAGGCAUUCACGAUUUCUUAUGACGUGAAAUUGACGUCGUUUGGCUUUAUUUAGGAAUAAAAAAUGUAGUUAUCGAUGUCACUAUUUAUCGAUAAAUGAUGAAAGCGAAAUACGUUUUAUUUGAAUUCUUACCUAAAAUAUAUUACGAAAUAAUUAAGAAAUGUUUUAAUGAGCCCUAGAGCUUAACAAUGGAUUUGUAAAAUCCUAUGAAUUCAUUUCAUAAUAGUGCGUUAUUAUAAUUAUCAGUAAAGUCAUGCGUCGUACCUUGCGAAUUAAAAAUUCGCCCGUCGCUAUGUUUUACUCUCGAAUCAAUGCGUUUAUUAUUGUUUUGCGUGUAAAUUUUUCUUUAAGCGAUAAUUUUUUAUUAUUAUUUAGUAUUUGUCUUAAGCUUCCUUUUCAUCCACAAUAUAAGUAUACGUACCUUCUCUCUCACACUUUCUCUUUCUCUCUUUCUUCUCUCUCUCACGUCCUAUUAUUAUAUUACAAACUCUUAUACCGUACGAGAAAAAUAACCGUUAAAUAGAUCUUAAUUCCCUCAAGUACUCACGAUAUGUUUUCGAUAGUUACAUAUUUUCCUAUAUAUUGUGGCUGCAAAGGAUUCCAAUAAGAUAUCAAAUUGUUUCUAAAAUCCAUUUAACGCAAUUUUUACAAGAAGAAAAGGACGUGUUGUCAUUCAACAUGUUUAUUGUUAGUUUGUUCAAAUUAAUCUAGGAACAAUGCACCUUUCGUUGGUGCUACCAGUGUUUCGGCUUUUAAUCAUAGAAAACGAAUACAAUCCGAAAUAUCGUAAAGAUGGUCACUUAACUAGAAAGUAAGUAAACGAUUUUGUCUUGCGAACAGUGUAAAGUGCGUUAACGAGCAAGUCUUGAAUGUAAUCGGUGCUUAAAAUAUGGCAAGCUCGCGGAGCAAGUACGAAGCCUAGAAAAGACAAAUCGAUUAGUAUGUAAUAUGGUAUAUCACUUGUUAAUGUCGAUUUUGUCUCAUACGAACGUCUACUACUGUAAUUUAAUUACAAAAAUGCGCGGCAAAUCAGGUAUUUAAAUAUUUGCCUCGGAAAGUGGAUCAUCGUUCAUCUCUAUUAGAAGGAAAACUACUCAUGUGUAAUUAAUUAUUAUUAUCACAUCUCAUGUGUAAUUAUUAUUAUACAUAUUAUAAUUAAUUAUUAUUAUUUUAGCAUUAGCCCUUUAUAUAAUAAAUUUCACAUGAUGAUAAGGUAUAAUCAUUCUAAUCACUUAUAACCAUAAUUAUCGGCUAUAAAAAAAAUUGUUUUGUUAUUUUCGUUCUGUUCCAAAUUCUAUAUAAACCUACAUUCUACAUAUUACUGAUAUUGUUUUUUCUUUGCAUAUUUAAAAUCUGUAAUAUACUCCAUGAUCUAAUUUAGAUUUCGCAAAAUCGACAAUUUAAUGCUUCUCAAAUAAGAGUUCCUUAUUAAUUUUAAAUAAAAUCCGUUACGCAUUUAAAAAGAAAAGAAGGUAUAUUGUAAAUAUUUGGGAAUUAUUUUUCUUAGUUUUCGAACUCCCAGGAUAAAAAGAAUUUUCAGAAAUAGAACUGGUGUAGCUGAUUGAUCCAAAGUUUCGCCACCGUAUAGGACACAGAAUCAAUGUGUGACAAAAUUGGAACAAAUAAAGGACCUUUGUAUAAUCAGACUUGGAGGUAGCAGAUGUCUUUGUCAGACUUUCACAAUGAACGGGCUCCGUUCGUAUACGUUGUAGGAUCUUUAGAUAUGCUGAAAAAACUACGAAACGGUGAAAGUGGCAAUGCUUUCCCCCUUUUGCCCUGGCUGUUCUUGACCGUAGUGUUAGCAGAAACCUGCUAAAGCAAUGUAGUUAAUGAUAGAGAUAAGAAUAUCUUUGCCCGAUCAACAAGAUUCUUUGAAAAAAAAACUCGAUAGAAACACGAAUUCAGCUAAAAUUCACCAAUUGCAAAUCAUGUUUAAUCACUUUUUUCGAGUUAGUAGUCUAGUUGAUGUUACAGUACGAAUGUUUUGGAGAAUUUUGAAAUUAAUUCAGCUACAAUGCCAGUUACAAUGAUUAAAAAUCAAAUUAGUGAUGAUGUAGAUAAUAGAAUUAAUAAUAUCGAACGAUAAUAUCAGUUCAUUAAUAAACGAAAUAAGUCGAAUGCGAAUUCACUUCUUUUACUUAUUGAAAAUUAAUUCCAUCGAAAGUUAUUCCUGUGAUGAUUUUUGAAAAUAUAGAAUGCAAUAGAAAUUGAAAGUUUGAAAGAAACGGAAGAAAUUUAGUUUUUAUCGCGAAAGUUAAAUAAUAUACAUAGGAAUAUUUAUAGAAAAUAUUUAAAGAAGCUUCGAAAAACAUUUUACAGAUAUAUGAUCAUUGCAAAAAUAAUAUUUAUUGUGCAGUAUAUGUAUUGCCAAAAUAUAUACAUCGCAGUUAAAAUUUGAGAAUGAAAAUUUAAGCGAUUUAUAAAUCUGUUAUCAAACAUCAUCCUAUAAUUUCAAUGUGUACUAUACAUAUUUUUUCUUCAGUCACGUAGAAUGUGGAUUUAUGAAUUAGUAAUAAGUAAUUUCAGCAAAUAAAAAAUCGAUUGAUAAUCAAAAUUUCCGUAUUAAUAUUUGUAUAUUCGUUACUGACGCAUAAUACUUUUUAUUUAUUAUAAUUAUAAUUAUAUUUUUAGCAUCAUUAUAAUAUAUAAAGAAUUUAUGGAACGCGUCUUCUAUACAAUUAAUUCUCUCGUUUGCACGAAAUAAAAUAUUCUGUACAUAUGUAUGUAGGUCAUCAAUAGCAGUGUAACCUACUUACAUUAUUUAGUCACCGAAACACAGUCAUCUUUAUGAUUUUUCCAAAGUCUUACAUUUUAUCAAUAAAUGUCAAUAAAUCUCUGAAUUUUAAUAUUUACAUUAUAAUAACGAUAUAAUAGGUAUCUUCUUGAUGCAUGGAGAAUGUACUCUUUAUCUUAGAUCAUACAUUAAGAAGAAUAGAAAGUUUGAGAAAACGAACUUAUACCUGAUCCAAUAAUAUUCAUAUCUAAGUGUUCUGUUAAGAUAUGUAUGUUAAUAGAUUUACACUUGUUGCUAAUCAGUUUCUAUUCUUUCAAAAUGUUUUUCUCACGCACAUGACCUUUAAAAAUAUUCAUGACACGGCAAUGUUCAAUAACACAUAUCUCUCAACUAGUAAUUUUAAUUUAAUAAUUUUAUGUAAAAAAUGUAAAAAGACAAAUGUUUAAAUAAAAUUCGCAAAAAUUUUGAAAUAUAUACAAGCGAUAAAACAAUAGCAAUUGGAAGGCAGAAACAUUUUGAGAAAGUUGAAAUAAUUUAAUAAUAUAUAUUUGAAUUAAGAAUGUUGGUUUUAUAAUUUAACACUUCGUUUUUAGUCGUCAAGUGACACAACAGCCAGAAAAUCAAAAUAUGGACCAGUUAUAUUUUAAAAUAUUCUUCUAUGUCGUCUGUAACUUUGCUACGAUCUUCGAAUUUUUAUAUUUCAAUUUUGCCCUCAUAUUAGUCAAAAAAAGAAUUUGUAAUGUUUCAAGAAGACGUUUAACAUACCGUUGAAACGAGGAAGUACACAUGAGACAUUUUUCAUAGUUUGGCCAGACUGUAAAGAUAUCCUUUUUCAUAAGAAAAAUAUAAUCGAGACGAAAAUGACGAAAAGAACGUAGCAGAGUCAGGUACAUAUAUAUACUAAUAUGUAUAUUAUCAAGAAUACCAACGAUAAUAUAAUUGAGCAUAAAAUGACUCUUAUCAAUAUUUAGGCAUCUGGGGUUCAUAUAUUUGUUUAUAACAGCAUUGCUAAAUUCUAAAAAAUUUCUUUUUGAUAUAUCAAAACAUUUAUUCCAACUAAUAAAAACACACAUUUUAUCUGUUGCGCACAGUUUUUUGCAUCACAAGCGAUAAACCAAGUAACGUCGAAAUUUAACAUGAAAUAUAUGAAACACUUCGCGUUAAUCAAUAUAAUCUGAUUUUACAUUAAAUCAAGUAAUAAGCAAGUUACAUUAAUUCUACAUAAAACAUAUGUGUACGCUAUACAUUUUACAUAUUUAGAAUAUGUAUAAUUAAUAUGUAUAUAUUUAAAUUCUGACGUUCUUUAUUUUACUGCUUAAUAUGCAAAAAGCUGCGUUAAAUAAAUAAAAUUUACGUUUCUACUAAUUACAAUAAGUCUUUUAAUAUACUAAAAAACAAUUAAUUGAAUAAUGUUGCUGUAAACAAAUAUAUAUAUAUAUAGGACAAUAAUCUUGCGAAUACCGUGGUAUUCGAAUGUUCAUGCGUGUUACUGUAUGCGUAAGCAGAAAAGUAAGAUUGGCACGAAGAGACGAAGUGAAAAUAAAAACUCGAGUCCAUCGCUAGUCUGUAGUACGAGAACGUGUUUCGAUCUAUCGAGCGGCGCUUUGGACCGUCUGGUUACGGUGCGGUUUGUUCAGUGUCAGUGGUGUUCUCGGCACGCUCGGCGAUCGAGGUUGAGAAUAAGGUGACUUCGCUGCUGGUGGAUACACGACCGUGAGAAGAAUGUGCCGAUAGAUCGACAAUCGGCCGACUUCCUGCACCCGCCGCGACCUUUUCAAAACGUUGAUUGCGAUCGCUCAAUAAACGCGUAUCGCGAGGGCUUCACAAUCAGACGACAAGCCGCAGCCAAGUGACUAGAAGAUAGCCGAAUUUGUUCAAUGAUGAAAUUAUUAGCAGGCGUGGAAGAGGUGAGCGACCAAAGCGAGAAGCAGUCGAACAAUGAGGAACUGCACAAUAACAACCAUGAAAAGCAACAAAAAACAGAUGUCACGCAAGAAACGAUGAAGCUGAUUAACGGCGAGGUAUACCGUAGGCUUUCCAGAAAGCUGGACGAGUCACCUGUAAAAGAUAAAAAGAUUACGCUUGACGAUGAAGAGAAAAUGAGACGUCUUCUUAAUUAUGAAGAAGCUCCUGAAUAUCUUCAACAUAAUCCUUAUAUUCUUCACGGAUAUCGAGGAUAUCUUACAACAAAAUUAUGUAUCGAGAGUAUAUUCUGGUGGACAAAUGAAACAGUAAACAUAUGGAGUCACAUAUUCGGAUGGAUGUUAUUUUUCGGUCUGACUUUGUACGAUCUUUGUCUACUAAAUAUUCACGCACCCUUUGGUGACAAAGUGAUAGUAGCACUUCUACUGAUCUGUUUCCAGGCGUGUAUGAUAUUAUCUUCGGUGUAUCACACGUUUUCCUGCCGAAGUGAAAAAGAUUAUUGGUGUUUUCUAUCAUUUGACCUAUUUGGCAUUGCUUUGAGCCUUUUAUCCAUAUACAUGUCUGGAGUUUACUACGCUUUUUGGUGUCACAAGGAGUUGCAGAGAUUUUAUUUGAUAACGGUGUUGGCAAUUUUUAUAUUUGCAAUGAUUCUGCAAAUACCAAAAUUGAAUGUCAAUGGAAAUGUCAAGCUAGUCGUUUUUGUCGCUUGGGCAGCUUAUGGAGUGCUGCCAACGCUGCAUUGGAGUAUUGCUAUGGGUGGCAUGGACAACCCGAUCGUUAGAAUGUUGCUUCCAAGGGUGCUAGGAAUGUAUGUUAUUAGCGGUGUAGCGUUCGUUAUUUAUUUAAGCAAAAUCCCGGAACGAUUUUGUCCAGGCCAUGGUUUUAUUAUGGAAUGUGCUUGCGCUAUGGAAUUCAAUGUUUGGUCGUCAGAGUAUUACAACAAACUACCGUUUUACGCUAUUGAGAGAAAGACAACUUGCGUAAUCGUGAAUCCAUUGCAAGCAUACCUUCAUCGACAGGUGUUCUGAUGUUGCAGUGCGUGAAAUCUGUAAAAUUUAGUUAAAACAACGUUAAUACGGGUCCCUUCAAAGUAUCUGAAACGUUCUAAUGUUAGUCAUUUUUAUUUAUGUUAUAUUUAUAAAUUUUAAAUAGACGUACUGCAUUUUCUUUUUAUUAUUUCAAUUUUUAUAACAGACAUCUUUCUUAGACAUUUAUUUUAUUCCCAUGUGAGAAACAUGCUUGCGCAAUGCUUUUAUUGCAAUAAUUAUAAUUUACAAUAAAAUGCAAGGUUGCAAGUAUUAAUUGAUUAUUUGUAAUAAUAUGUAACUCAUAAAGACGCAAUGACGAAAAGUAUUUUGUAAUUGCAAUUGGAAAUUUAUCCGCAGGUGGCAAAAGUUUCUAAGUUUGUACAUAAUUGACGCAAUAGAUAUUUAUUAUUUAAUCAAAUAAUAACAUUAGAAGAACGUGAAGAAAUUAAAAGAACUACUUCUGCAGUUGUAUGUUAUUAAAUAACAUUUGUAAAAAUUGCAUUGUAUAAUAGUAAGAUAAAAGUAAUAUAGUAAAGUAUACACAUUGAUUUGAACAGUGCCUGAAAACUUGUAAAUAAAGAGUUGUAAAUGAGAUAAAUGCGAAAGUUUUGUACAAAAAAGGAAAUAAGAAAAAAUUUAGUUAUAAAUUUGAACGUUUUGCUAUAUAAAAGAUACUUGAUUAUUAUAUAAAAAUUAUUUAAAUUCUGUUUUCAAACAUCAUAUAAAAAGUUAUACCUUGUUACUUCUAUAAUGACAAUAAUAAUAUGUUUUUCAUUAGCUUAGAUUUUUCAUUAACUGAUUCAGUAAUUGUAAUUCUCAGUUAUAAUAUUAUGACCACUAAAAAUGAAUCAAUAUAUUUAGUUAAACAUUACAUAUUAAAUUAUACAAAAUACGUGGAUUAAAUAUUUAUACGAUUAAUGUCAGCUAUAGACUUUGUCUUCACUUAAAACAGCUGUUAAAAGUGUUAUUUUGCAUAACUAUUUGCAAUAUUUGUUUCAAUACCUUGCACGGUUCAAUACAUAUCAAAGAAAAUUACGAAUGUCGAUUCUGUAUCUAUAAACAAAGUAGUUUAAACAAUUACACUUUUAUCAAUUUUUUAUAUGAUUUUAUCUGAAGUAAGAAUUACGUAUUCUAACAAAGUAUAAUUGUAAUAGAAUGUUAUUACUUCCAACUGUUAAAUAAAAUCGUUGCCUAAUAU